UAAAUCACGUGCAGUGUAUACAGUAUACACACACUCUCUACUAUAUAUUUGUGUGCAUAGUAAGCUGUAAUUUCACUGACACCCAUCGUUUUAAUACAGCGUUCUGAUCAAAGCCCCAAAGAAAAAAAAAAAGACCAAACAGAGAAAAAAAAGACAUGAAUGCUUUAGCAGCAACAAACAGAAACUUCAAGCUUGCUUCUAGGCUUCUGGGUUUAGAUUCUAAGCUCGAGAAGAGUCUUCUCAUCCCCUUCAGAGAGAUCAAGGUGGAGUGUACCAUACCAAAAGACGAUGGGACACUAGCAUCGUUUGUUGGGUUCAGAGUCCAACACGACAAUGCAAGAGGUCCUAUGAAAGGUGGAAUCAGAUAUCAUCCCGAGGUUGAACCGGACGAAGUGAACGCAUUGGCUCAGCUCAUGACGUGGAAAACAGCAGUGGCUAAGAUUCCGUACGGAGGAGCCAAAGGAGGGAUUGGCUGUGAUCCGAGCAAGCUCAGCGUCUCUGAGCUUGAGAGACUGACUAGAGUCUUCACUCAGAAGAUUCAUGAUCUCAUUGGGAUUCACACUGAUGUUCCAGCUCCUGAUAUGGGCACUGGUCCUCAGACAAUGGCUUGGAUUCUUGAUGAGUACUCUAAGUUCCAUGGAUACUCUCCUGCAGUUGUCACUGGAAAACCCAUCGAUCUUGGUGGAUCACUCGGGAGGGACGCGGCUACUGGAAGAGGAGUGAUGUUUGGAACCGAAGCUUUGCUUAACGAACACGGAAAGAGCAUCUCAGGUCAACGUUUUGUCAUCCAGGGGUUUGGGAAUGUAGGCUCAUGGGCGGCGAAGCUGAUAAGUGAGCAAGGUGGGAAGAUUGUUGCGGUGAGUGACAUUACCGGAGCUAUCAAGAACAAGGACGGUAUUGAUAUCGAGAGCUUGCUUAACUAUACCAAAGAACACAGAGGUGUUAAAGGGUUUGAUGGUGCGCAUCCGAUUGAUGCAAACUCGAUACUGGUUGAGGAUUGUGAUAUCCUCAUCCCUGCAGCACUUGGUGGUGUCAUCAACAGGGAGAAUGCGAAUGAGAUUAAAGCAAAGUUCAUCAUUGAAGCUGCUAAUCAUCCAACUGAUCCUGAUGCUGAUGAGAUCUUGAGUAAGAAAGGUGUGGUCAUUCUCCCAGACAUAUAUGCAAACUCUGGAGGAGUCACUGUCAGCUACUUCGAAUGGGUUCAGAACAUACAAGGGUUUAUGUGGGAAGAAGAGAAGGUGAACAAUGAGCUGAAGACAUACAUGAAUCGUGGAUUCAAAGAUAUGAAAGAGAUGUGCAAAACUCACUCAUGUGAUCUCAGGAUGGGAGCUUUCACUCUCGGUGUUAACCGUGUGGCUCGUGCUACCGUUCUCAGAGGCUGGGGAGCUUGAGAAUGAUCUCUAUGGAAACUCCUUAAAUAAAACGAGCCAUAUCUCUAAUCCUUUGUCUUUUUUUUUAUCAUCUACUUUUGGAUUAGAGAUCCUCCUGAGUUUAUAACCAGAUUGAUGCGUGUUUAUGUAAUAAAACCAUGGAAUCUAUUCAUCACUUGAUAAUACCAAAGUAUCAGCUGGAAAACAUUUAUCAUCA